AUGUCGAGUUCAGAGAACAAACCAAGCAAAUUCUCUCAAGCCAUCAUCUCUUUUCUUGCCAGCAGUGGCAUUGGUGUCUCUCCUUCCAAGACCAGUCCCAGACAGAAGGCUCCAACGGGGCGUUUUCCAACCUCGGGGCUGUUUGGCAUCCCGCUACCCUCGUUGCGUCCUUCGCAACAUGUCGAAGGUGUGCCAGAGUUUCUAGUGGACGCCUGCGAGCAUCUCCGACCCCAUCUUCACCUCGAGGGCCUUUUCCGGAAAUGCGGUUCAAUGACACGGAUCAAAGCUUUAAAGGCCCGGCUGGAAGCAGGCGAGCGCUGCCUGCACAUGGCCCUCCCGUGCGAUGUGGCCACUCUGGUAAAGCAAUUUUUGAGGAGCCUCCCUGAACCCCUGAUCCCCGCCGAGCUGCAAGGACCCCUUUGCCAGGUGCAGCAACGAAGCCGAGAAGAUCGGGAGUCGCUGACCCUCCUGAUCACCUGUCUGCUUCCCCCAUGGAACUCCAGCAUCCUCCGCUAUUUUCUGAGCUUCCUGCAGGAGGUGGCGGCCAGGUGA